UCUGUAGUAGUGGCUGGGAGCUAGCGGCGGAAAGACGUGGGGAAUCGGUGCCUGGCGUCCCCCACCUGUGUUACCUGUCCAUCCCUCUCUUCAUCUGUGCCAAUUACCCUAGGUGCAAUACAGACCCCUCAGUGACCCUCAGUGCCCUACCAGUGCCCCCUCGUGUCCCCCAGUCAGUUAGAUUCAGUCAUUUCAGUUGUCAGUCAGUGCUUUCGUGUCACAGAAAGAGGCACACUGAACUUUUACGAACGAAGGAACGAGGAAAACGAAAAUAUAACGAAUAAAAAAUGUGCGCACGAUAGACAUGUAGAAAAGUAAGUGUUUUUUUUUUAUUUAUUUUAAUGGUGAAAAGAUAAGACUGAAUAAUAACAAACAAGGAAAAAAAAAAGCAAAAAAAAUAUCACUGUCGAAAAAAAAAUAUUGGAAUAAGUAGAAAAUAAUAAAAGGAAAUCAGCAGAAAUAUAGCACAGCAGAAAUUGAAUAAAUAUACAGAAAUCUAAAGAAAAAAACUGAAAUUCUGAAAAAAUCUAAAGAAAGACAGGAAUCUUUAAAGAAUAUACAGAAAUUUGGGAAAACAUACAGAAAUCUGACAAAAUAUACAGAAAUCUGACAAAAUAUACAGAAAUCUGAUAAAGUAUACAGAAAUAUAAAGAAAACAUACAGAAAUUUACAAGAAAAAACAAUACAGAAAUCUGAAGAAAACCUACAGAAAAUUCAAAAGAACUACAGAAACUCCUGAAAAAAAACUGAAAACUGAGAAGAAACUUAAAAAAUAAAUAAAAAGAAAAAAGACUAAGCAAAAAAAAGAAGAAAAUCUAAGAAAACCACACAAAGUUAAGUCGACUAACCACCACCACCACUACCACCACCACCACCACCACCACCACCACCUGUCCCUCCCCCCGCCAGCGCCCAUGUCGUAAUGUGAGGAGGGCCGGAGGGAGGAAGAGGCUGCUGGGAGGAUGGGCUGCAAGGGAUCUAAGUCGAAGAAAAAUGCAUACGCGAGAGUCGCCCAGUAUCAGAAAGAGUCGUGGGCGGCAGAACGCGCUGUGCGGCGGGCGCCGGAACCGCUGGACUGGGGGCUGGCGCCGCCGGGCUGCAUCACGCCCGCCGCCCUCCACAACCUGCUGACGGACGGCUUCUACGCCCCCUACGCCGCCAACCCGCACUACCUGCUGCUGCUGGACUGCCGGGGCGCCGCGGCCUUCACCAAGAGGAGGCUGUGCUCGGCGCGAUGGCACGGCGCCCUACAUGCGGCGUCCGACCCGCGCCUCAUCAACAACAUCGUGCUGUACGACGACCGGCCGCGCACGGCCACGCCGCCCUCCGGGGACGCCGACCCCCUGGCCAAGCUGUAUCACGAGCUGCGGCGGCAAAAGCUGGAGCCGCUGGUGGUGGUUGGCGGAUGGGCGGUGCUGGAGGCCACCUGCCCGCAUCUGCUAGAGGAGGGGGAGGGACCGCCCUCUGAGCCCACCCCGUGGUACCCCGCCCAGGUGUUGCCGCGCCAACUGUACCUGGGGCACGCCGAGAUGGCGGCGCACCCCCGCGUGCUGGCGGCGCUGCGCAUCACGCACAUCGUGGACGUGACGGAGCGCCUGCCGCCCCGCGUGCUGCCCGCCAUGAACUACCUGCUGGUGCCCGUGCCUGAGGACCCUGCCGUGGACGGCGACGAGGGCGCCGACCUACUGGCGUCGCUGCCCACCAUCAUGGCCUUCGUGGGCGAGGCGAAGUCCCUGGGCGGGUGCGUGUUGGUGCACUGUGACCAGGGCCUGACGCGCGCCGCCGCCGUGGUCAUGGGCAUCCUGAUGGCGGAACGGCGGUGCACCCUGGAGGACGCCUUCUAUUACGUGAAGGGCGCCCGCUCCGCCGUGCACCCGAGCUCCAGCCUGCUGCAGCAGCUGGCGCAAUACGAGAAAGAUCUGUUCGGGGUGUGCCUCACCGCGGCAGAGGACCUCUUCUGACCCCCCCGUGACCGGACGGUCGCCACAUAUCGGCAGUAUGUUGCAGCCUUUGUGUCCCCGAGGGGACCGCCAGCCUUCAGGUCUCUAGGACGAGUGUAGCGGCGUCGCGUCCAAGCCGGUGCUCUCGCGCCGGCGCUGUUUGUCUUUCAUACCCGUAAAUACUAAUCAUAAGUCUCAACAUUGGUCGCCACAUAGUGUAUAGUAUCAAUACCCGCGGGCGUGCCGGAGGGCGUGCGUCAGCGGCGUGGGGUCAGCCUGCUGCUGGCAGGCGGCAGCGCCACCACCCAACACUACCACCAGCACCUUCACGCCGCAGAACUGUCCAGCCUGACGAGCCCCGCUGCUGACCCCCGCCCCUUCCCGGAGCGCCGUUGCGGCCCCAACCCUGCCCACACACACGCACUCUCCCCCUUGGGCAGCCAGGUGCUAAACACGGCCGCCCCGAUCACCCCAAACGAACACGGAGCUUUGGACGAACGAGCAAGCGAGCCUCAGGGCGCCCAGGAGGGGGGCGCUCGAACGCCUCGGGUGUUUGAUGAGGCGUGGGGACGUGAGGCUCCCGCGGCACCCAAGCCCUCACGAAGCGUGGAGGCACAACCUAUGCCCCGAGACACCGGACCAAUCCCUUCUGGCCUUACUAUCGACGCGGAGGGAGGAGGCGAAGGCACACGACAAGCAGGUGAAAGCUCCUGCUUGUCUCUAAGGUGCCUUGGUCUUCUUCUUCGUAAGGUUAUCUUCAGAGAGGAGCAUUGGGACGCCCACGCAACACCCGCUACCACAACACACUUUUGGGGCACAUCCUUCAUCCUGCAGUGCAUCCCCCAGCAGACCACCGCCUCUCCAGACCAGCAAUAUACUCCCCGUGGACAAGGCGAGUCCUGAGGCGUCGCUUGCCCCCAAGACCCUCCAUCAGGGGAACAAAUACGUCCCUGGGUGGAGUUUUGACCGCUCCUUUGGGCAGUGUAGGGCGAGGGACGGUCCCUAGCUAGUUAUACGCUUAGUAGGUCUAAAGUACAUGCAAAAAAAAAUACGAUAAAAAAAACUACAAGAUCAACAAGCAGUGCAGUCUUCGUGUCUGUUUGUUUGUGUCUCUCUCGUGUUCCUCUGGCUUGCGACCCGCUCUUGCCACUCACCUACUGAGACCUGUGUGUUGUGUGUGUGUGUGUGUGUGUGUGUGUGUGUGUGUGUGUGUGUGUGUGUGUGUGUGUGUGUGUGCUAUCUUGCUUCACUUCAUUAUUUCCUACCUCACUCAUCAAUCCCUUCCUUCCCCUGUGUGUGUGUGUGUGUGUGUGUGUGUGUGUGUGUGUGUAAUGCAUACUUCAUAUAAUCCCAUCUUGCUGAGAGAGAGAGAGAGAGAGAGAGAGAGAGAGAGAGAGAGAGAGAGAGAGAGAGAGAGAGAGAGAGAGAGAGAGAGAGAGAGAGAGAGAGAGAGAGAGAGAGAGAGAGAGAGAGAGAGAGA